GGAUGUCCAAAGUCGGUAAGGGCUCCAAAGUGGGCUCCAACAUGACUCUGUACCACAGCGACAACUUCACAAAGGCUUACCCAGCGGGCGGAGUCACCUUGCCGGUGGGUUCCGUGCUGCACGUGGGUGUGUCCGUAGAGGAGUCCGAGACGGAGCGUUUUGUGGUCGUUCUGGAGGACUGCUAUGCCACACAAUCCCCCGACCCUGAAGACAUCAUGCGAUACUACAUCAUUCAGAACAAAUGUCCAACUGAAUUCCGUCAAGUUAGGGUGGAGGAGAGCGGCUCGUCCCUCAGGGCUCGCUUCUCUGCUCUGCUGUUCCUGUACCAGGGGGACUACCGGGACGUCUUCCUGCACUGCAGACUCAGCCUUUGUGACCAGAGGAGCUCCUCCUGCACUCCAGUGUGCUCCAAAAGGAAAUAUCGCUCUGUCACCCCCUCCGUUCCCCUCGAACCCCUCACCAUCGGACCAAUCACCUGGUCCCAGAAUGAAGUUUGAACUUGCUUCCCUGUAUGCUUCCUGUAUCCUAAAUUAACAAUGAAUACAGUUAUCUAAAUUAUUUAUGUGAAGUUCAUAAACCUAUCUCACCUAUACAUCAUUUAUGUCCUAAACCAAGCCAUUUCAUAUUUAACAUCUUACAUACAUCCAGUUAUAAAUAAUGAUCUUUUAAGGAUAUUUUUAUAUUUUUUAUACGGCUAGAAUAAUUGGGAAAAUAUUUAUAUUUGAACCAACACAAAUUCAUUGAUGAACCUUUAACUAAGGCUUGAGGCCAGAAAGUGUAUGUGCCACUAAUGUUUGAAACGUGAAAAUAAAUGGACAUAUAGUUGGGAUUAUAUCAACACAAACAUCUCCCCUUUCUAGUUCACACUGCAGUAAGAACUUCUAUUUAAAAGAAAAUAUUAUUUAAUCCUAUUACUCUAAAAUGCUUUGUAUGUGCAGUAAUUUAAUAGUGUUAUUAAAGACGAUAAAUGUAUGUAUCAAUGUAUUAAUGUACUGGGCAUGUAGUGUACUAUUGCUCUAAAAUGCUUUGUAUGUGCAGUAAUUGAAUAGUGUUAAUAAAAUAUAAAUUAUAAAUAUA